GAUCUCUCCCCACGGGCAGGAAGUUCCCAGAGGUCAGGACACGACCCCCAGGUCGAGGACCACACUGUCCCUGUCUGUGUCCUGGGACCACGUGAGGAUGCUGCAGUGGCUUCUUGUCUUCCCUGCUCUGGGCCUUGGGGUCUGGGGUAAUUCCUCCUGGGAUGAAACACAAGCUAAACACCAGUCAGAGGGGCCUCAGGACCUGUUCGGCAACAUCUCCCAGCUCAUUGAUAAAGGCAGACUGGGUUUUGGUGGCGUCUCCACCGUGGUCUCUCGCAAGGAGUGGGGGGCGGACACUGUUGGUUGCUGUGCCCCACUGGCCCUGCCAGUGGACUACCUCAUCAUGCACCAUGUCCCUGGGCUGGAGUGUCACAACCAGACCGGGUGCAGUCAGAGGCUGCGGGAGCUGCGGGCACAUCAUGUGCGCAAUGGCUGGUGCGACGUGGCCUACAAGUAAGAGGCUGGGCUGGAGGCAUGUGACCAAGCGGCUCCUUGGGGCGCCUCCCUCACCCCUUCUCAUCUCUGUUUCUUCAUUUUCUGGGUUGUGGUUGUAUCAGGUUGCUAAUGAAUGAAAUGCAAAGAAAAACCACCAAAUAAAGUUCCAACUCCUUUGGAA